AUGAGAAUCACCCGAAAAAGAUUGUGCUAUAGCAUAGUCUUCCUGUACUGUGUCUUCUCUUUCUAUGCUGCCUACAAUGUAUUCUUCAAAUCGCUGCACAUGUCCCGGGUUCAUAGAGUGGUGAGCAAGAAGGAGAACAGCAGAGGUAUGUGCAAUCUUUCGCAUGAGCAGUGGAAUCCUUGGGAAGAAAGUGAAAAGAGCAACAACAAAGCUCCCAAUGUGCAGAAAGCAAAAGAUAAAUGGAAAAGCUUAUUAAACCAUGGAUCCCAACAAAAACCUGCUAAGCUCCAAGUACAGAUAUGGAGCAAGGCUGCUAUCGGACAUUACUUGUGGCAGCAUGUUUUCGAAGGACCACUUGAACCCACUGAUAUUAAUGCUCAGUGGAGGGAAGGAAAACUAAGGACAGGAACAACGGAAUUCAGCUUUAUCACUGGGUCUGCAGUUGCUCCGGGAUAUUUCUCAGUGGAAAUGGUGAAUGUUGUUCUUGUUCUGAAUGGCAGAGAGGAAGUGAAGAUUUCUUUCGCUGUUCAGUGGCUGCAGUACGUACAGACAUUGGUUGAAAACCACAAGCUCCACCAUGUAGCUGUUGUUAUGCUAGGAAAUGAACAGUGCAAUAAUGACUGGAUCCUUCCAUAUUUGAAGAAGAAUGGAGGGUUUGUGGAAAUAUUAUUUAUUGUCUAUGACAGCACUUGGAUUAAUGAAGAGAGUAUUUUUCAGUGGCCACUAGGAAUUGCUACGUAUCGAAAUUUUCCAGUUGUUGAUCCAACCUGGUCAUUGGUGCAUGAUUCACGGCCAUACUUGUGCAACUUCCUGGGAACUGUAUACAGCAACUCAUCCAGGGAGGUUCUUAUGGAGGUUAUAAAGAAAGAAGGACUUGAGCAGCUUUGUUGGAUCUCGCCCAGAAAUCAGUGGCAGCCACAGGAGACAAAUGAAAGUUUUAAAAGUUACAAUGAUGCACUGCUACAAAGUGACCUUACACUAAGCCCAGUAGGAAUAAACACAGAGUGCUAUAGAAUUUAUGAGGCUUGCUCUUAUGGCUCUGUUCCUGUAGUAGAAGAUGUGAUGACACCCGGGAAUUGUGGAAACUCUUCGGUGUACAACAGUGCUCCUUUGCGGUUACUGAAGUUAUCUGGAGCACCUUUUAUUUUCGUAAAGUCUUGGAAAGAGCUUCCCAGUAUUAUAUAUAGAGAAAAGAAUAUGAGUUUACAAGAGAAAAUCCAGAGGAGGAAACAAAUUCUAGAAUGGUACAGACAAUUUAAAUUAAAACUGCAGCGGAAGUUUAUUGAAACUCUUGAGAAGACUUUUCUGCAUAGUGAUACGUGA